CCCUCCAUGGCUUUGUCUUUAGAGUUUUGAGGGCUGUAGCCAGUGGGCGGGCUGGCCCACACUCAGGAAUGUGCUCUGGCUCCUGGUUAAGCAAUGAAUUGACAUGGCACUGUGGGGGACAGUUGGGAUAGGGAAGGUUCCCACAGACACUACCCUCUCCCUCUAGGCAGAUGUGGGAACAGACAGGAAACAGUAUCUCUCGCCCAAGCUGAGCAGAGCCUCUGGAUGGGACACUUGACAAGCUGAGUGGCUAGUGCAGACAUUCUCUCUCUGGCCCUCAUUUUUUUGUUGUUGUUGGUAUCAAGCAGGGGGUAUAGAGAUGGGAGAGGGCCAUGCUCAGUGGGAAGAGAGAGUGAGGGAUGCUGGGAAGGUACUGAGACUCGGAGAGAAAGUCCAGCCCAGGGCUCUUCUGCCCUGCAAGCCUGUUGAGUCUGCUCAAGAAAGCACCUCAGUGGGGGCCUCGCUCCUCCAGCUGCCUCCCAUUUGAACAUCCUGAGGCCAGGGAAAGACCAGACCCAAACCAGGCCCCCAAGAGGAAGAGGCUCACCAGCACAGACAUAGUCCUGAGUACCACUGCACCCAGGGAGGCAGGCUAGCAGCCAGUGUGCCUCGGAGCCGCAGAAGUGAGGGUACCCAGACAGGACAUCCUCACCCUCUGGAGGUCUAAGGUUGUGUUUCCGGGUCACCCUGUCCCAGGGUGGAUGACGCAGUAGCACUGGGUGCCAGGGAUUAGACAUGUGGCCCGUCUCCUCACCCCCUUCCCAUGUAUGGGUGAGGCUGUGCCGGGCUGUGAUAAAUGGUCCUGAGUGGCUGGCUUGCUCCACUUCCCUGUACCAUGUGGGGCCUAGACUGAGCUGCUGCCAGCCUAGAUGGAACCAGCUGAGAGUAUGGGGCUGGGGGAUGGAGCUCCACCCUGCAGGAGACACCCUGACCCUGAGCUGUGGGGAGCCAGGGAAGUGGCAAGCGAGCCCUCCGCCAGCCCUGUGCCCCAAGUUCUCCUGGGUUCGGCAAGCAUCGCACUCCCCAUGGCACCGGGAUGAGGAGCCCCCUGGGUGCUGUGGGGCCACCAGGAAAGACCCUGGGACCAACGGGCAGUGAAAGAGUUAACAGCAGCAGCCGGCCCUUCUCUUCGAGAAAAAACUCCCUGUAGAUGCCUGGCCUGCCUCCAGGGCCGAGCUGUAGGAGCUAAAAACUGGAAGUUCAGACCUGUGGCCAGCUCUGCCUCUGUAGCAAGCGCCGGAGGAGGGCGGCAGCCUGGCCGCUGUGUCUGUCCGUCUGUUGUCUGUCCCUCCAUAAACCCAUGUGGCUGGCUGGCUGGCUUCCUGUUGGUCCUUCGUAAACCUGCUUACCCACCUAUCUGUAAGCCUAUCUAUUAUCUUUUCUACCCAGUUGUCUGGCCUGUGUGAUAACUUCUAUCUCUGGACCCACUGGUUUAGUUUUUUUUUUUUUCCUCCCAAUCUAUCUGAUUGCCUGAGUUUACCUGGAGAGUUUCUUUUCCACUUGUCUGCCAGUUUGUUCCUCUGUCUGUCCACCGCCCUGUGUGCCCACCUGCCUCCCCUCUCUCCCUGGACCCCUGAGCCAUGGCCUGGAGUCACAGGGCCACAGUCUGCCUGGUCCUGCUAGGUCUGGGUCUGGGUCUGGGUCUGAUUGUGUUGGCGGUGGCCCUUUCUCAUCAUCGCGCCCCCUGUGGCCCCGAUGCCUUUGCCCGCGCUGCCGUAGCUGCUGACUCCAAGGUCUGCUCAGACAUUGGACGGGCCAUCCUCCAGCAGCAGGGCUCGCCUAUGGAUGCGGCCAUCGCAGCCUUGAUCUGUACCGGUGUCGUGAACCCACAGAGCAUGGGCCUGGGCGGAGGGGUCAUCUUCACCAUCUACAACGCAACAACAGGGAAGGUGGAAGUCAUCAAUGCUCGGGAGACAGUGCCAGCCAGCCAUGUCCAAGGCCUGCUAGACCAGUGUAGAAAGGCUCAGCCACUGGGCACAGGGGCCCAGUGGAUCGGGGUUCCGGGGGAGCUCCGUGGCUAUGCCGAGGCCCACCGCCGGCAUGGCCGCCUGCCUUGGGCUCAACUUUUCCAGCCCACCAUCACUCUGCUCCGGGAGGGUUUCCGUGUGCCCUCGGUCCUCAGCCAGUUCCUCAACAACAGCUUCCUGCGGCCCUCCUUGUAUUCAUCAACCCUGAGACAGCUCUUCUUCAAUGGGACAGAAACCUUGAGAUCUCAGGACCCAUUUCCGUGGCCUGCACUGGCCAACACCCUGGAGACCGUGGCCACGGAGGGUGCGGAGGCCUUAUACACAGGGAGGCUGGGCCGAAUGCUGGUGGAGGACAUUGCCAAGGAAGGAAGCCAGCUGACAGUUCAGGACCUGGCAGCCUUCCAGCCUGAAGUGGUGGCUCCCCUGGAGAUGCCCCUAGGAAACUACACCCUGUACUCACCACCACCACCUGCAGGGGGUGCUAUUCUUAGCUUCAUUCUCAACGUGCUGAAAGGUAAGACCUUCUCAGGCCUCUUCUCUCCCCUCCAGUUCUUCUCUGCAGGGCGCCUGAGCUCCCAGUUCAUCCCUGACUUUGGGGAACACAUUAGCUUUCUGUCCCUAUGCUCUGGUGUGCUGGAAGGCAAUACGGUAAAGGAUCCCGAGAGGCUGCAGCCCUUGGGGUUGGGAGCCAAGGCUCCAAGUUCAGACUCCACCUUAACAAUCUGCAGCUUUGGAGCAAUGGUGUACUCACCUCGGACAGGCAUCCUCCUUAACAACGAGCUACUGGACUUGUGCUGGAGGCAUGUAGAAGGUUCCGCGGUCACUCCUCCGCCUGUUCCAGGUGAGCGCCCACCAUCUUGCAUGGUUCCCUCCAUCCUGGUCAACAAGGCCCAGGGAUCCAAGCUGGUGAUUGGUGGGGCUGGCGGGGAGCUCAUCAUCUCUGCUGUGGUCCAGACCAUCAUGAAUAAGCUGUGGCUUGGCUUUGACCUGACAGAAGCCAUUGCAGCCCCCAUCCUACAUGUGAACAGCCAGGGCCACGUGGAGUAUGAACCCAAGUUCAACCAGGACGUGCAGAAGGGGCUACAGGACCGGGGCCAGAGCGAGAGCCCACGGCUGUUUUUCCUGAAUGUGGUCCAGGCUGUGUCCCAGGAAGGACCCUGUGUCUAUGCGGCAUCUGACUCGAGGAAGGAUGGAGAGGCUUCGGGAUACUAAGACGGCUUUGCCCCGAGCUAGGAUCUGACCCACUAUGAGUUCGGUGCCUCAGACAGAGGAGGCUGGAGGUCCAAGUGCUCCAGGACCUGGAUCCUUUGCUGCGAGAUCAACCUGGGACAGAAAAGGACAGGGACCAGCUCGGCAGAUGAACAAUGGGAGCGGGAAGGAUUGACUUGUUUGUGGUCCCUUCCCGACACCGCCUGUGGCCCUGCUCUCCCUCUUCUAGCCUCAUGCCCAUCCUCUAAAUGGUCUCCCUACCAGUCCAGGAUUAAAGAGGAGCCAAACUGUGGACUGAUUUAGCGGUUCUACGCAGGUAAAGGGACACUCAGCGCCCUGUGACAUGCAAUACACCUCAGACUCCUAUGGUCCUUCAUGACUCACCAUCAAGGCUCAGAGAUGGGCCAGGUUUCAUAAGGCUCAGAGAACAGAGGCCACUCACCCCAACUCUGUUCAAGCUACAGUGUGUUUGGGGGCUUUGCAGUGUGUCUGGCCCCCAUCUUACCUGCCAGUGAGAAGGCGGUAGUGUGGCUUGUAGUACUCACCCUCAACUCUUGUGAGGUCCUUCUCCACUCCAGGAAAAGAUUGGAUGAAGCAAAACUUGAGAGCCCUUGCUCUGGUCUUAACAUACCAUGUUCUUGAGACUAGGGCUCAUUCUUGGUAGCACUGAUAUGUAGGAUGAAAUAAUCCUGUGUUGUGUGGAGCUGUCCCCACAUUGCACACCCUUGACACAACAGCAUCCCCUCACAUACCCCCCAGAUGCAACAGCCCAAACUGUCUCUGGACGGGGCUGCAGCAUCCCUGGCUGAGAACUGCUGCUCCGGAUGGGUGGGAAACUGCCAGAGAUGGCUUUGCAGGCUGUCCAGUACGGUGCCCAUGAUAGAGGUCUCCCUAGAGGGACCUAAGGAUCUUGCAUCACACUGACUCCUGGGAGCAUCAGGUACUUCUGUAUCAACUCAAGGGUCAGCAGGAGUUGCUUUAGUAAGUACAGAAUUUGACAACAACCUGCAUGGCUUAUGUAUCUUAAAGAAAUCCAUCGCUCUGGUUCAACAGUUUAAGAGCUUUUUUUCUAGGACCUAGUUUUGAUUCCCAACACCCACAUGGUGGUUCAUCACCAUCUAUAACUCCAGUUCCAGGGGAUCUGAUGGCUGUUUCUGACCUCCACAGGCACCAAGGAUACAUACAGGCA